AUGUACUCCCCCCUGAACACCCAGCAGCAGCAGCAGCAGCAGCAGCAGCAGCAUCAGAAAGAGCAGCAGUAUCAUAAAGACAAUGAUCAGCAGCAGCAACAACUGCUUCCGUUGCAGCAGCAGCAGCAGCAACAGCAGCAGCAGCAGCAGCAGAAGCUUCUUGCUGCAGCAGCAGCAGCAGCAAUGAAUGCCUAUGCACCAUACUCUAAAGAUCGUGUUGGUGUUUCUGUCUUAGCAACAGAUGGUGGCUGCUUGUGCAGCCGUUAG